AAAAUGCCAAAUGUUGACAGCGUGAAAGUGGCAGUUCGAGUGAGACCUUUCAGUCAGAGAGAGAAGGAUGCAGGAAGUAGGUGUGUGAUUUCUAUGAACUCCAACAGCACGAGCAUAUAUGAUCCUAGGAAUCCAGGGCACAUGAAAACCUUUACUUUCGAUCUGGCAUACUGGUCUCACAGUGGCUUUCUAAAGGAUGAGAAUGGCACGUUCAUCUCAGCGGGAUCCAACAGUUAUGCUGGCCAGAGAGAGGUAUUUCGUGAUCUUGGUCAAGGAGUGCUGGAAAGUGCAUGGCAAGGUUAUAACGCUACUCUCCUAGCCUACGGUCAGACCGGCUCGGGGAAGAGCUAUUCCAUGAUCGGGUAUGGUGCAAACAGAGGACUGGUUCCCAGUGUGUGCGAAGAGCUCUUCAAAGCAAUCCAGAGUCAGGAAAAGAACAAGCAGUACCAGAUUACUUUCAGUAUGCUGGAAAUCUAUAACGAACAGGUAAUAGACUUAUUGUCUAAGACCAGGAAGCCCAGUGGGCUCAAGAUUAGAGAAGAUCGGCACCAAGGUUUUUAUGUGGACGGUUUGAAGUUGGUGCCUUGUGAUAAUUACGCACAGAUUGAGAGGUUAAUGGAUCAAGGGAAUAAGAUGAGAACAACAGCUACAACCACCAUGAAUGCCAGCAGCAGUCGAUCCCACAUGGUCGUCACAAUCCAAUUCAAACAGAUUUUUCUAGAUGAAGCAAUCACCAAGCAAUCAGUUAUAAAUCUGGUGGACUUGGCAGGAAGUGAAAGGCAAAAAUCAUCAGGAUCUGAAAAAGAUAGAUUGAAAGAAGGAACACGUGUAAACCUAAGCCUAACCACGCUAGGAAAUGUCAUCAGUGCUCUGGCUGAGGCAGCUACGGGGAAGAAAGUGCUGCAUAUCCCGUACAGGGACUCCGUGCUGACUAAACUCCUGCAAUCUGCUCUGGGAGGGAACAGCAAGACAAUCAUGAUUGCAGCUGUCAGUCCAGCAGACAUCUGUUAUGAAGAAACUUUGUCAACGUUACGGUAUGCUGAAAGGACAAAAAAGAUCAGGAACAAAGCAGUGGUAAAUGCAAGUCCUGCUGAGAAGCUUAUACGAGAACUGAAAGCUGAAAAUAACAAGCUGUUGUCCAGACUGGCUGGGCCCGGGAGCACAGGGAAAUCAAUAGCUGAUGAAACACGUAUGUAUUUCAGCAUAAAUGAAUACAUUGGUCUGGGCACAUCUGGUCGCUCAGUCAGACCCCUUAUCAAGUGUCGAUGGUUUGCUCAAGAGCUGCGACUGCUGGAGGAGAGCGAGAGGUGGGUGCGGAGCACGCAGGAGGCGUGGGAGGCUCGCCUGGAGGAAGCCCGGCAGGAGUGGGAGCAGCAGUACGCUGCCGUCACCCAGGAGAGGCGGAUGAUGGAAACGUUCCCUUAUCUCCUGAAUAUCAAUGAAGAUCCACAGCUCUCAUGGGUUCUCAAGCAUUUCAUUCAGGAUGGUACUUGUGAUGUUGGUCAAUCAACCUCAAAUGCUAUAAUCCUAAGAGGUCUGGGCAUUUCGGACAAACAUGCUACGUUUACGAAUGCUGAUGGCAAAGUUACCCUAGCACCACGAGAUAUGUGCAAGGUCGUUGUGAAUGGUGUGCCCAUCACAGGGAAAACAAAGCUGCAGCACUUGGAUCGUGUUAUUUUGGGAUCAAACAGUGCUUACCUGUAUGUCGGGCCACCUGCAGAACGAACAGAGGAGGACCUUAGCAGAUACGACUAUGACUUCUUUCAGUCUGAGUUGGCAGCAGCAGAAGGUUUCAGUGUGGAUAAACUUGGUGCUGCGGGCAGCGGGGAGGGCAGAGCAGACCCCAGCGUCCUGGCGGCGUUCCACGAUUACAUCAAGUUGAUGCCGCUGGUGGCGGAGGCGAAUCAGAUGAGCCAGGAGCUGAAGAAGGAGCUCAAAUUUGAACUGAAGGUGAAGAACCUAGCCUUAUCGGACUCCAGAGGCCAUGACCUACAAAAGGAAAUAACAGUAAAAGUGACACAUGCAACGACAAAUCAGGUGUGGGUAUGGUCAAAGGCCAAGUUCAUUAAUAGGAAGUUCCUAAUGGAGGAACUUUACCAGCAUUUUCUGGAAGGGGAGAACACGGAUGUGAACCAGGACAGCGAUCCAUUCUGGGACCCGGUGGAGGUUGUCCAUGUGGGAUCUGCUCACGUUUGGCUGCAGGCACUGGCGUACCGCAUGAAGCUGGAGGAGCAGACCGAGCUGCUGAACUCCGAAGGGCUGGAGGAAGCUGUCCUGCUGAUCGACCUGUCUCCAUGCUCCAGCGAUGGGAGACUCUUUGAGGAGGACGAUAUGGUCAUUGAUCCGCUGGAGCUGCUGGGGCGAAGGGUUGAUUUCCAGAUUCAUGUUGCAGAGUGCCUUGGAGUCAAAUGGUUGCGGGAUGCUGCAGGAAGAGGCAUUCAGAUAGGGUAUAGAGUUUAUGAUCUUCCACGGUCUUUAUACACAAAACCUGUCUGGAAAAAUGUGAAUCCGAAGAUAGAAGAAACAGUCCAUUUCUCAGCUCUAAAUGCAUCCUAUGAAUUUUUGAAUUAUUUACAGAAAAAUGCUUUAAUUGUUGAUUUGUGGGGACUUCAAGAAGGUUGCGUGGAGAUGGACUACUCCCUGGAUGGUCUUUUGCUCACAAGUGAGGGCACUGUUGUGGUUGACAAUCCCAAAGCUUUGACUGCAAGCAAUGCUGGUCUGGAUGCAGGUAACGAGGUGCCUGAACUGUACCGGAAGCUGCUGCAGAUGGAACAAGAGACAGAGCUGCUGAGAGAGGUCAACAGAGCUUUAAGAGAAGAAAAUGUCCUUCUUAAAGACAAACUAAAGAAAUGGGACACAGGACACCACGAAAAGAAGAAAGCUGAGUCACCUACCAAGGCAAUUAAGGUGAUGAAACAGCCUUUGGGAGAAACUGAAGAGAUGUGCAGCCAUCGGACCAGCUGCGAUGCAGAAUUUGCUAAGGCCCUUAAGAUCUUCUAUCAAAACAUGAAUGUGGUCAGACAGCAAUUCCUCCAGCUGAAGCAGUCCAGGCCACCGGUAGGUAAAGUUUUUACAAUUUUUUACGAAGUUUUUGCAAGUUUAAGCAUCAGAGGCCACUUUUCUAAGGAAUUUUGUCCUAGCUUUAGGAAUCUGAAACUGGAGGUUUCAGAACUGGAGAUUCAUGGAAUCACAGGAUGGGAAGAUAAUUUGCAGGUACUGCGUCUUUUUACAGAGAGACAAUCACAGAUGAUAAGUGAUUUUGGAAAACAACUUGAGUCAACCAUUUACAAGCUGAAAAGUGAUGUUGCUCUUAUAGUUAAGAAGAAGCGGGAAUACACAGCACAUAGCAAAUCUUGA